CGCUGCUGCCGGCCGAGUGUAAAGCCCAACCACCAGACGGAAGGAGGACAAGACGGUGGAUCCACAUCCACUCCUCUGUGGCUGCCGCCGCCCGUUGGGAUCAGUUGAGAUUCUCUUGUGUGUCCGGCUCGUCUAUCCUAUCCUCUCCUCUCUCUACUCUACACUCACUCCGCACUCUACACGUGUCACAUAAAUAUCAUCGCCGCGCUUCUCCUCCUCCUCCGUUCGGGACCCGCGUUGAUUCGACCCCCUCCGCACCGCUGCUCCUGCUCCAGCUGAUACCCUGAACUGGUUGGUUGGGUUAGUAGAGAGACGGAAAUGAUGUCGAUUGCCGAGACUCGACAACAGUCCAAGUGAACUCUCGCAUCAUAUCGGCAUUUGUAGUGCCAGCUGGGCGCUAAUUAAAAGCGGAAAUCCCAAAAACAACUUUUCAUCAAUGACGUGCACUGCGACGCCACCAACUUGGACUAAUUGAAACGAUCAAAGAAAAUAAAAAGAGGAACGACGUCGGUAAAGAAGAAAAGAAAUAGAGCGGGGGAGAAAAGAAAUCAAGCAAAAGUGGUUGGCUUCGUACUGGGCCAUCAACCGGUUCGCAUCGAUCCGGCGGCAAACAACAACAACAACAGCUCGACUCUUAUUGGUCGCCUGAUUCCUUCUUCAAGUGCAGCGAUGAUACCCGAGACGACGACGCUUCACGGCGGCGGAGGUGGCGGAGGCGACGCCGACGGACGCCCCAUGGUCAUCGGAGAAGGGCCUCAACAUCGGCACAAGAACAAACAAGCCCGCGAAUUUGAAUUCGUUUUCGGAUCUGAGGAUAGCGACACGGGGAUCGGCGUGUGCGGAUGGAUCCUGACCAUCAUCUGCUGGCUCCUCGUCCUCGUCACCAUGCCCUUCUCCUUCUUCAUUUGCUUUAAAGUGGUGCAGGAAUACGAACGGGCCGUCAUUUUCCGACUAGGACGUCUCCUCUCCGGCGGCGCAAAGGGUCCCGGAAUUUUCUUCAUCCUGCCGUGCAUCGAGACUUACACCAAAGUGGAUUUGCGCACGGGAGUCUUUGACAUUCCGCCCCAAGAGGUGUUGACCAAGGACAGCGUGACCGUAUCGGUGGACGCCGUCGUUUACUUUCGCGUGUCGAACGCGACCGUGUCGGUGGCCAACGUGGAGAACGCCCAUCACUCGACUCGCCUCCUGGCCCAGACGACGUUGCGCAACAUUCUCGGCACUAAGGACUUGCACGAAAUUUUGGGCGACCGUGAAACCAUUUCGGGAUCCAUGCAGGCCGCGCUGGACGAGGCGACCGAAUCGUGGGGCAUCAAAGUCGAACGUGUCGAAAUAAAGGACGUGCGUUUGCCGGUGCAGCUGCAACGGGCGAUGGCGGCCGAGGCGGAGGCGUCGCGUGAGGCACGAGCCAAAGUCAUCGCCGCUGAGGGAGAAUUCAAGGCCUCCACUGCUCUCAAGGAAGCCUCGAUGGUGAUUGCUCAAUCGCCGGCCGCUCUCCAAUUGCGAUACCUUCAGACUCUGAGCACCAUCUCGGCCGAGAAGAAUUCGACCAUCAUUUUCCCGCUGCCCAUCGAUUUCCUGAGCCAGUUUAUGAGAUAGAUCAUCGGCUGAAAAGCGGGAAAAACAACAACACAUUUAAAAGCGGCCAACGGCGGAAGAUGCGGAUGGAAUAUGAAAAAAAAAUAAGGCCACUAGAUAAUUCAUCGAGCAGUUCACUCAGCAAAAGAAAAAAACAAUUCACCAGACAAAAAAUCUAAUUCGGUUACAAAAAUGUGUAGCCCCUGCUGCCAGGGAUUUUGUUUUGCAUUCAUCUGCUAUAGUUUGCAAUUCAUUUAACCAAAAAGAAAAAGAAAUGUUCAUUACACACACACAAAUUCACUUAACAAUAUUCAAAAAUAACCAAACCAAACAAGUUCAGGUGCCUGACACAAAGUCCCUCGCAAUUUCUGAUUUCAUUUCGCCCCCCCCCUCUCCCCUUUUGUACGUGUGUGUCGUUUGUGUGUGCGUGUGUCCCUCACGUCCCGCUCUUCUUCUUUAUUCAACUCUUUUCGGUUGUAAAAAACAAAAACACCUUUGACAAAAAUUCUAUCAAUGUGAUGUCCGACUCUUGUGCCGUUGAACCAACACACAAUUAAAACAAUUUCAAAACAUUUAAUUUCACUCACCGAUUUGAAUUUGGCGCGGUCGAUUCGCGUGGCCCUUCAUUUAUUUAUAAAAAUUAGAAAUAAAAAUAACAACCAUCACCCCCGGGGGGGAUCGUUAUUACCAUUUCAAAACAUAUAUGAUUACGAUAUUUAAACGAAGGUUGUAUGUCAAUUUGCUAUAAUUAUUCAAUACACGGCGCAUAGAGAUACAGCA